CGCGCGGCGAGUGUACCGCGCGCCUCCCGCUGACGGCGCCGCUCCUGCCCCGCCCCGCCCCGCCAGCCACGGGCGCCAGAUUGUCAUUUGAAGAUAGAUGCACUUAUAUUUUAGUAUUUUAAAUCUGCUGACAGCUUGGGUAAUGAUGGCUCAACUCCAGCAAGGAGUCCCUGAUGAAAAAGAAAAGACUACUGCAUUAAAGGAUUUAUUGUCUAGAAUAGACUUGGAUGAACUGAUGAAAAAAGAUGAACCACCACUUGAAUUUCCUGAUACUCUGGAAGGAUUUGAGUACACUUUUAAUGAAAAAGGGCAAUUAAGACAUGCAAAAACUGGGGAACCAUUUGUAUUUAAUUAUCGUGAAGACUUGCAUAGAUGGAACCAGAAGCGCUAUGAAGCUCUUGGAGAGAUUAUUACUAAACAUGUUUAUGGACUACUGGAAAAGGAAUGCCACUUGAAAAAAAUAACUCUCCCAGUUGAUGCCACUGAGAAUGAACCAAAAAGCUUUAUCUUUAUGAGUGAAGAUGCAUUAACAAAUCCUGACAAACUGUUGGUCCUAAUUCAUGGUAAUGGCGUUGUCAGAGCAGGUCAGUGGGCUAGGAGACUUAUCAUUAAUGAAGAUCUGGACAGUGGCACACAGAUACCAUAUAUAAAGAGAGCUACUGAGGAAGGCUAUGGAGUAAUAGUACUGAAUCCCAAUGAGAACUAUAUUGAAGUGGAGAAGACAAAAGCCCAAGUACAGCUGUCUUCUGAUAGCUCAGAUGAACCUGCAGAAAAGAGGGAAAGAAAAGAUAAAAUCCAGAAGGAAACAAAGAAACGACGUGACUUCUAUGAGAAGUAUCGAAAUCCACAAAAGGAAAAAGAAACAAUACAGAUGUAUAUUAGAGAUAAUGGAUCUCCGGAAGAACAUGCAAUUUAUGUUUGGGACCAUUUUAUUUCCCAGUCAGCAGCGGAGAACGUGUUUUUUGUUGCUCACAGUUACGGAGGACUUGCAUUUGUAGAGUUGAUGAUUCAGCGAGAGGCAGAAGUAAAGAAUAAGGUAACUGCUGUGGCGUUGACAGACUCUGUUCACAACGUGUGGCAUCAAGAAGCUGGCAAAACUAUUCGAGAGUGGAUGCGAGAGAACUGUUGUAACUGGGUGUCCAGCUCUGAGCCACUGGAUACACCCGUGGAGUCCAUGCUGCCCGAUUGCCCCCGUGUCUCUGCAGGUACGGAGCGUCAUGAACUGACUUCCUGGAAGAGCUUUCCAUCCAUUUUCAAGUUCUUCAGCGAAGCAAUAGAGGCAAAGAACAGCUCAGUGAAGCCAGCCCCAAUGCGGCGCUCCAAUAGGAUAAAAUACGAAGAAUUGUAAAAGGAGGAAGGGGGAGAAGUCUCUUCGCUGCUCGCUCUCUGCAAGGAGUCUCCCAGCCCCUCAUUAGAUUGUUUUCUUCCUAGAGCACAGGGUCGUGAUGUAUACAUCUAAAUAACGUUUUGCAUUAUUUCUAGAUGAGUGCAACUGUCAAAGCAAUAUGGGUUCACUGGCUGUGCUUCCUGUGGGCUGUAACUUGGAUUUCGUGCUGCCCAUCAACGCACAGAUUAAGGCUGACAGUGGUACUGCACAGUGCAGCAUCGUGCAGCUCUAAUUGCCCUGACAUAGCCCUGCCGGGGCUGCGUUUCUAGAUCCAGUAGUCUUCUCUUUCUCGGUGACCAAGUGGGAUCAGCUCUUCAGUCUUUCAUUUUCUGCUGGUAGGAGGGUCAGAGAAGUUUGGUCCAGAUUUAUGGAAAAGCCCCUUUGUUCUAGAGAUUUUCUCCACCUGCUGGAUCAAUGGCAUUAUCUGUGGAUCUUAUCUUCCUUUUGAAAGCUCCACUUUAAAAAGUGGCUAUUCAUUAACUGCCUGGAUCACACUGUGAAAUAUGACAGAAAAAAAAAAAAAGAAAAAAAAAAGAAAAAGAAAAAAAGAAAAAAAAAAAAGAAACAAAAAGGGAAAGGCCACGUUUUCCUGUUUAUUUCUAAAUGCAAAAAUGCUUCCGUUUUCACAUGCUGGGUUUCUAAGGACGUUGCCACUGGUGUGUACCCCCGCCCACUCUUCGGCUCCCUCUGUGCUGGGUGCCGCUCUGCACUGCAUCAGCUGCAUGACAUGCCCGACGGCGUGCCCAGCCUGUGAGCACACUAAUUAAGCUCUUUUAGGUUUGAUGAUGCUAAAUUGAAGUGAUCUUUUCUGCAGUGGCCAUGCCCACCUCGCCUCUGAUGUGGUUAGCGAUGAGGAGGUGAAACUCACCAUGCCACUCAGGAGUUCAGGACCCCCCCAGCUCAUCCCUCCCCUGUGAUCUUCCACACUUAAGGGCAGGGUCUGGGGGUGUGCUGAGGUUGUGCCCCUGGAGGGCUCACAGUUCUGAGCACGAAUUGUUCUGCAUUCCUGUGAUUCUAGGGAAACCUCGAUUUUGGUAUGUCAGGUGCAGCCUAUGCGGGUUUUGCACAGCAGAUUCCCGCAGAGAACUGCGGCAGGGAGGUAGGGAGAGAGGCUUGGCCCGGUCCCCUUAGGGGUGUGGAGGGGAAGAGCAUCUUCUGCAUUCCGAGGAGGAGGAGGAGCAGAGGGCCAGGGAAGUUUGUCUCCCAGCCACCGUCCGACACCAUUGGAGGGCCGAGUUGCCAAACGUUAUGGGAAUUAAUUUCUUUUUUUAAGAGUGGAUAAGAAAUGAUUUUUCUACUUGUAAUGAUUGCCCAGUUCUUACAGCUUUUCCUUAUCGUGCCUUCACCUGGCUUGUGCUUCCACAAGGAUCUGUAAAGCACAGCGAGCCCCCCACGACCAAAAAUAAAGAUGCUCUCAUCCCAGCUCCUGCUUCUCUGUCCCAGCGCCGAGCUCCACGCCCUUCCACGUGGGAAAGGGGCCCAACCGGGGCUGGAGUUGCCCCUUGCACUGCACCUUUCCGGGGGGGCUUUGCAUCCACCCCCACCCCCCAGUGACUGGGAAACGGCAGAGCGGAGCGCCUAGGCGGAUCCCUGUCCUUAAGUCGAUCAUCUAAAUA